GAAUCAAGCCGCGAAUAUAUCGAAAUAAUCGAAAACUGUCAAAAAAAUAUAAAUAAAAUAAUUAUUAUAGUGACUUAUUGUUUACACGAAAAUUAUUUUUAAUUUAAUAUUAUUUAAAUUAUUGUAGAGGGAAUUAAUUAAAUAUAAUUAAAUUAAUAGUAAAAGGGCAAUAAAAGAAAAAGAAAAAUGUCAACAUAACCUUAAAAUGUAGUUUUUGAUAAUCAAAACAAUUUUUAAGUUUUUUAAUUGUAAAUAUAUUUAUCAAAAUGCCUGUUUUUCAAGAAUCUUGUACUGAGCAAAUACAAGCACAGACAGUAAUUAUAAUACAUCCUGGAUCUUUGUAUCUUAGAAUAGGACGUGCAUCAGAUUUAAAUCCUUUUACGCUUAUAAAUGCAAUUGCAAGAAGACGACUUUCUGGUGGUUUGGAACACAAGGAUACAUUUCUUCCUUCACUUGUACCACGUACCAAAGAAUUAACUCAAGCUAUGGAGGAAUCACGUCUUCAGGUAUCGCAUACUCUUCAAUCGUGUCUUCAGUCUGACGGUAGAAGAAGAUAUGCAACACCACCUCAACAAAUUGCGGCUUUUAAUCGUCGAUCAAAUCCAGAAUUACUUUCACCAUCAUCGAAUGGCGAAUGGAUUAAAACCGAUCAAGAUAUUGUAAUUGGAGAUGAAAUUUUAUCAUUAAAUCCAACAGCGGAUUUUAAUAUUCAUUUUCCUUAUAGAAGAGGAGAAUUAAAUGUUCAUUCAGGUCCUGGCGGUAGUUUACGUUCAGUAUUGGCUGAUUUAAAAGCAAUUUGGGAAUAUGUAUUGACGGGAAAAUUGGAUAUUCCCCUUAGAGAUUUAAAACACUAUCGUGCUGUUUUGAUAAUACCUGAUAUUUAUAAUCGAUUGUAUUUAAAAGAAUUGACAACACUUGUUUUAUGUGAAAUUGGUUUUGGUGGCUGUUUUUUAUUACAGGAUCACGUUGCCGCAACUUUUGGCGCUGGUUUGGGUUAUGCUUGCGUUGUUGAUGUUGGCGAUCAAAAAACAUCGGUAUCAUGUGUUGAAGAUGGAAUUUCACAUAGAAAUACACGCGUAAGAAUGGAUUAUGGAGGUGGUGAUAUAACACAAACAUUUUUUUGGCUUUUACAAAAAUGUGCCUUUCCUUAUAAAAAUUGUGAUCCAUCGAAUAAAUUGGACGCUCUUCUACUUAGUCAAUUGAAGAAAGAAUUUUGUCACGUUGAUUUAAAUAUAUGUGGAUCGCAGGAGAAAACAUUUAUUGUCAAAAAACCAAGACAACAAACUGAAACUUACACCCUACAGGUGGGUGAUGAGUGUUUAGUAGCGCCUUUGAGUCUUUUUCAACCGGAACUUUUUAAAGUAACAGGAAUUCACAAUGUACACGUUCAAAAACGUUCUGCUGGCGAUGCAGAGGAUCCACAUGAUGAAAAUUAUUUACGAGAAACGAGUAGGAGAGGAAUUAAGGAAAAUUUGGAACAAACACUAGAAUCUCAGGAAGAAACAGCAAUACCGGUUGUUGUGGGCGAAGAAGAAGUUGUUGUUGAUAAUGUUGAUUCCGCGCCGAUUGCACUACAAAAUAGAGAAUUGGAUGCACCACGUGAAUUUGUAACCGGACCUCAGCAACUAUUGGGACUCGAUCACGCCGUUUUGCAAAGCAUUGACAGAUGUCCGACGGAGGAUUUAAAGAGAAAAAUGUAUAGUUGCGUAUUGAUUGUUGGUUCAGGAAUGAAAUUCCAAGGAAUUGGAAUGUGGCUACACAAUAGAAUUUCACUUCAAAUUCCUUACAUGUAUAGAGCAGAACAAUUGGAUAUAAUAACACAACCAAAGGAAAUGGAUCCAGGAAUGACUGCAUGGAAAGGAGCGGCAAUAUUAAGUUGUUUAGAAUCGGCUCAAGAAUUAUGGAUAAGUCGACAAGAAUGGGAACGUUCAGGUGUGAGAUUAUUGAGAGAAAGAGCACCUUUCAUGUGGUAAUUGUCGCGAAAAAAAAAAAAAUAUAUUCUUCAGGUAAUUAUAGUAAAUUUGCCAUUUUACACAAAUUUGUAUUAUUAGGAUGAUAAACAACAAUUCCCAUUGUAUUUAAAAUAGUUACGAAAUUAAGAUUUUCAUCAUUUAUCUCUUCAUAUACAUCGUCUCCACCUUGCAAUUGUUUUUUUGACAGUUGCUUAAAAAAGAGAAAAUAAAAUAAAUAUAUUUAUUUACAAA